GGUGAGCUCCUCUGCGCCGGGCUGCAGCGGCCGAACCACCGCAGAACUUCUCCUUCUCUCUUCUUCUUCUUCUUCUCGUUCCUCUUCCUCUUCUUCCUCUUCUCUCUGCGUCAUUCUUCUUCCCAAACCGCGUCAUGUCUUUUGGCACGAGCACAAAAACCGGCUUCUCCGUGAGGGACAUCCUGGAUCUCCCUAACCCUGCUGGGAGAUGCGGGUCCGGGACUGAGGAAACCGAGGAGGAGGACCCCGAGGAGGCCUCCGCGGAGGUGUCAGGCUCCGGGGACGCGCCGGUGUCGGGAUUUACCGGCUGUGGAGGAAACUACGGCAGGUGGAGCCGCGGACCCGGGAACCUGCACUUCUCAGUCCACGGACUCACCUUGAACUCCCGCACCGAGCCCAAGUCCCCCGAGCUGUCCCCGGAUGAGUCCCCGGACCCGGAUCGGGACUCUGCUGGACUCCCUGCUCAGAAGAGUCGGGGCAGGAAGCGGCGCGUGCUCUUCUCCAAAGCGCAGACCUUCGAGCUCGAGCGCCGCUUCCGGCAGCAGAGGUACCUGUCUGCCCCGGAGAGGGAACACCUGGCCGGGCUGAUCCGCCUCACCCCGAACCAGGUGAAGAUCUGGUUCCAGAACCACCGGUACAAGAUGAAGCGGGCCCGGGUGGAGCACAGCCUGGACGCGCUGCAGCUCCUUCCGGCCCGCCGAGUCGCCAUCCCGGUGCUGGUCCGGGACGGGAAGCCCUGCGACCGGAUCACAGCCCAGGACCUGGAGGUGACCCUCAGGUCCGGGAUCAGUCUGCCUCUGUACUCCCCGCUGCUGCACCCCGCGUACGGCCCCGAGCUGCCCGGCCUGCAGCAGCAGCACCCCGGGGUGCAGCAGCUGGCUCACAUGUACCACUGGAGCUGGUGAGGGAUGGACUGACUCUCCCUGGAGGACUCACCGGGUCCACAUACACGUCACACACACCCACGACAGGAGCUCAUGCUCGGUCUUACAGUGAUCUGUCUCCCCUCCCAGAUUGAAUCUCUUUAAAAGAUGAAUGUAAGAUUUUAAACAUUAUUUUAAUCUGAGCUCCAGGUCUGAUUUAAACAGUAUUUUUACAGAACCAUUGAGAGUCCUGAAUCCAGAGAGGAGAAGGUAAAUGUUUCUCAGACUCAGUUAGUGAUUCUAGUUUCCAGAUUUAAAUCUUCUUCAUUGUCUGAGAUCAUCAUCUCCUCACAGCUCAGGGGAUGAGCUGAUGUUCAUUUCUAACCUCAGACACUAAAGACUCUCCCCUCCCUCUCAGAGCCUGACUCUGUUCUCUGUUAAAUAUGUGGAUCAGACUGAAGAGGUCUAACUGAUCAGAACCAGAUCCAGACAGUGUUAUGUGGUUUUUUUAAUGACUCUCUUUGUUGUUGUUUUGGUUGUGUU